CCUCCAGACCAAGUCCUCGAGUGCCCUAAUCUCUCUCGCUGUCUCUUUUCAUUUCACAAUGACGAAGCAGCAAGCUAACUGGUCUCUUUACAACAACAAUGGAGGAUCUUGUGUUGCAAUUGCAGGUGCCGAUUACUGCGUCAUCACAUCCGGUACUCGGAUGUCGAUCGGCUACAAUAUCCUCACUUGUGAUUACUCUAAAAUCUGCAAAUUAGCAGACAAAUGUGUAAUGGCCUCAUCUGGAUUUCAAGCUGAUGUAAGAGCUUUACAGAAGCACUUGGCAGCUAGACAGUUGAUCUAUCAGCAUCAGCACAACAAGCAGAUGAGUUGCCCUGCAAUGGCUCAACUGCUCUCCAACACCCUCUACUAUAAACGUUUCUUCCCUUAUUAUUCUUUUAACGUUUUAGGUGGCCUUGAUAAUGAAGGAAAGGGUUGGGUCUUACCCAGAUGUUGGUGAUGUCGUUCUUGGUGGCGAUGGCAU